GCGAUGCGCACCGGUAUUACGGUCCGUCAUCUGUGUGUUGUGCUGGUGAGUGUCGUGCGUGCGGUGUUUUUCGUGGUUUUUUCGAAGAAAUACGGGCCGGGUCCGAGGGAACGUCGUGGGACACGAUCGCCCGCGGCCGAGUCAUGUUUUCGUUCCACAGACCGAAGGUUUACCGGUCGUCGACGGGCUGCUGCAUCUGCAAGGCGAAGUCGAGCAGUUCACGCUUCACCGACAGCAAAAAAUACGAGGAGGACUUUCUAGAGUGUUUCAAGUUGGCCAGUCCUAGGCAGGGCGAGAUAUGCAACGCGUGCGUGUUGCUCGUCAAGCGAUGGAAAAAGCUGCCGGCCGGCUCGGAGAGGAACUGGCAACACGUAGUGGAUGCGCGUGCUGGCCCCGGCAUGAAGUCGUUCACCAAGUACAAGUGCAAAAGCAAAAAGGGCGACGAGAAGGCGACGUCCAGGAAGAAGAAGCAGUUCGAACGGGAAUUUAGCCCCGCGCUGUCCGACAAGAGCGACGACAUCGACAUGGACUUUUUGUCGGAGGAGGGGCCGAGCAUGGGGUCGAGUCCUGGGGCGAGCGACGGCGAGGAGACCGUCGUCGAGACCGGUCGCAGGCACAAGCCUCUUGCGAGGCGGCGCCCCACGUGUCCGCAGGGCGUGAGCGGUUUCAUCGACUUGGAUUACUGGAAAAAGGAGGAGCUGUGUUGUGGCACGAUCUUCCGCGGUGCAAAUGGUGAAGUGAUGAUCGAUCCGAGCUACAUCAAGCCGUGUUCGGGACGUAUGGCGGCCAUGUGUAAAGCGCGCGACGGCGCGUGCGCCGACCAGACCCAGGAGCGCGUCGCACAGCUGACGGAGACGGCGCCCAAACCGCCCUACAGCAGCGACAGCAGCUCCGACUCUGGAUACGACGAGUCGUCGAACCCUUCGGCCACAGACCAUCAGCAGCAGCAGCAGCAGCAACGCGUCAGUAUAGGACCGGGCCAAAACAAUUGACGUGGGCGAGGGGGGCGGGGCUCUCUUUAGAUUGUUUCUAAUUUAUUAUUGAUUCGUGUAACUUAAUGAUAAUUAUCGUUGUUGGUUUUUUAAACGAAUAUUUUUCGCGCCAAUCAGGGCGCCGCCGCAGCCGCCACUUUUCGAACAGACGCCAUUUUGAAACGGGACGUCUAGUCCGCUCGUUGGAAAUUAAAAACAAAAAACUUUUGGAAAAAAAUGUAAUUUUUUAUUUUUGCGUUGUUUCGGUGUUCCCGCGUUCAAAAUGGCGUCCGUUAAGUUAUGUCAGCGCGAUUAGACUUUGCGCUUGGCUUGCGAAUUCGACCGUUGAGUAAUUUGGUUUGUUUUAUUCUUAAAAUAUCGAUUCGAUAAUCGCAUCGAAAUUUUGAACAAAAUUCAAAUUGUGCACUUCACUUGGGACUUUUCGACAAAAAUAAGAUGAAAUUCGUGUAUUGAAAAAAUCACGAUUGGAAACUAAUAUUUUAUAAAUAUUAAGUGACAAGAAGAAAAAUGUGAGUAGUGCUGGCAAUUUUUUUGGGUAUUACUCAGAAAUUUUUUGAGAAAAACAAAACAAAGUAAAACUACAAUAAAAGUAUAUAUAAAAAAGAGAUUUUCCGCAACACGGAAUAUCAACAGAACGACUGAGUAUUACUCUAAAUUUUGGAGGAAAAUAGAAAUCGAUGCACCUUUUUUUUUUAAAGAAAAUUCGAAUAGUAAAUAGCAAAAAAAAUGAAUACAAAAGGACAUUUUCUAAAUACCAUAUAGCAAGGAGAAAAUUGGGUGGGUAUUGCUCAGAAAUUUUGUAAGAAAAAUAAAAAUUUGUGCAACUUAAAUAUCCAACAAAAAAUGUAUUCGUGUAAAAUCGGCAUUGGAAAAGAACAUUUUCUAAAUACCAUAAAGCAAGAAAAAAUUGUGUAUUUCUCAGAAAUUUCGUGAGAAAAGUAAAACAAUACAAGCAGUAAUACCAUAUAACAGAAAAAAUAAAAUAAAAAUAUUUUUCGCAUAAUUAAAAAAUUGAUUUUUUUUUAUUACUUGAAAAUUUUGGAUAACAUUAAAAAUUGUGCAAAAUUCUAAAUGACAACAAAUUUGAGUAUUACUUUGAAAUUUUCGAGAAAAAGAAAAUCCAAUUGCUAAAUAACGACAAAAAAUGAUUUUUACUAGAAAAUUUUCGAAAAAAGUCAAACGAACAUUGUAGGCAACAAAACAAAAACAAAACUGAAUGCUGCUAGAAAAUAAAUAAAAAUCCAAUGUGUAUUGCCCGGCAAUUUUAGGGAAAAAUAAAAAUGGCGCAUCUUUAUAAAAAACGCGCUAUUGAAAAGAAUUUUGGAAUAGGUAACAAUAAAAAAAAUUGAGUAUUACUCGGAAGUUUUCGAGACUAAAUGCGUGUACCUUUAUAAUAAAAAUUUACCACUGUAGAGAGAAAAUCAUUCUCUAACCACUACAAAACAAAAAGAGUAUUGCUGAGAAAUUUUUGAGUUUUACUCGAGCCUCGUUGAGCUUUUGGUUACUUUCGAUUAGUUUUGUUUGUUUUUCUUUUUGUAGAAGUGGCAAGAACUAACCAAAAAAUCGAAUUCCUGCAAUUCGAGCCGAUUGCAAAGUCAAAUCGCUCUUUACUCGGUCGAUCGGUAGGUCAAGUGUACCGCGCCCGAAAAGUGAGGUUAGAAGAGGACUCGCCUCGUCGCGACUCCAGUGCAAUAACGGCGCCCGGCGCGAUCCCGAUGGCGGCGGGCGAGGGGGGGGACAUGGCUUUUUGUGUUUUUUUUUAUCAUGGGGGUGGCAUUCGAUCCACUCUCCCGUCGUUGGUUUUUUUUUUAACUUACCGAGCAAUAUACCCAUCGAUCCCCCACCACUCGAGGUGUAUUUGACGUAAACUGCCGAGAAAGCAUUUUUUUUUGUUUGCUCAGGACGCGGGAGGGACGCGCGGGGUGCGCGAGGUAGUUCGGAUGUACCGACGCGCGCCACUGUUCCCCCCUCCGACGUCGUAGGGUCGUAUAGACUGCCACAUACACGCCUAGUCGUACGUAGAAAAACGCGGGCUUAUGGCCGCGUAAUGCGCACCGUCGUUAACUCUGCAUAUACAGGGUGUUUAAAUUUGGGCCGACACUCCGCGGGAAUUUCGUAGUUUUUAUUUUAUUAGUUUCCCUCUACCUUCUUUAGAAAGGGGUAGGAGGGAAUUUGUGACGGAAAAAUAUAGUAAAUUUAUUAAAGAGAAAUGAAUAUUGACAGAAAUAAAAAAGAACGAGCGGUAAAGAAUAAAACAAAAUUGGGUAUUACUCCGAAAUUUUUUAGAAAAAUAAAAAAAUGUUUGCGAAUGGUAAUUAACAAAAAAUUCAGUAUUAUUUGCAAAUUUACGACAAAAAAAGAUAAUAACAACAAUGAAAUUGCACCGGUGAUAUGUAACAAAAAAAUUGAGGCCGAGGUGAAUUUAUGAAAAAAAAAUCCUGAAUAAUAAAAGUAACACAAAAAUCGAGUAUUA